AUGGUUGGUUAUGUAGUAGAACAAGAGAACAAGAGAACAAGAGAACAAGAGAACAAGAGAACAAGAGAACAAGAGAACAAGAGAACAAGAGAACAAGAGAACAAGAGAACAAGAGAACAAGAGAACAAGAGAACAAGAGAACAAGAGAACAAGAGAACAAGAGAACAAGAGAACAAGAGAACAAGAGAACAAGAGAACAAGAGAACAAGAGAACAAGAGAACAAGAGAACAAGAGAACAAGAGAACAAGAGAACAAGAGAACAAGAGAACAAGAGAACAAGAGAACAAGAGAACAAGAGAACAAGAGAACAAGAGAACAAGAGAACAAGAGAACAAGAGAACAAGAGAACAAGAGAACAAGAGAACAAGAGAACAAGAGAACAAGAGAACAAGAGAACAAGAGAACAAGAGAACAAGAGAACAAGAGAACAAGAGAACAAGAGAACAAGAGAACAAGAGAACAAGAGAACAAGAGAACAAGAGAACAAGAGAACAAGAGAACAAGAGAACAAGAGAACAAGAGAACAAGAGAACAAGAGAACAAGAGAACAAGAGAACAAGAGAACAAGAGAACAAGAGAACAAGAGAACAAGAGAACAAGAGAACAAGAGAACAAGAGAACAAGAGAACAAGAGAACAAAGAGAACAAGAGAACAAGAGAACAAGAGAACAAGAGAACAAGAGAACAAGAGAACAAGAGAACAAGAGAACAAGAGAACAAGAGAACAAGAGAACAAGAGAACAAGAGAACAAGAGAACAAGAGAACAAGAGAACAAGAGAACAAGAGAACAAGAGAACAAGAGAACAAGAGAACAAGAGAACAAGAGAACAAGAGAACAAGAGAACAAGAGAACAAGAGAACAAGAGAACAAGAGAACAAGAGAACAAGAGAACAAGAGAACAAGAGAACAAGAGAACAAGAGAACAAGAGAACAAGAGAACAAGAGAACAAGAGAACAAGAGAACAAGAGAACAAGAGAACAAGAGAACAAGAGAACAAGAGAACAAGAGAACAAGAGAACAAGAGAACAAGAGAACAAGAGAACAAGAGAACAAGAGAACAAGAGAACAAGAGAACAAGAGAACAAGAGAACAAGAGAACAAGAGAACAAGAGAACAAGAGAACAAGAGAACAAGAGAACAAGAGAACAAGAGAACAAGAGAACAAGAGAACAAGAGAACAAGAGAACAAGAGAACAAGAGAACAAGAGAACAAGAGAACAAGAGAACAAGAGAACAAGAGAACAAGAGAACAAGAGAACAAGAGAACAAGAGAACAAGAGAACAAGAGAACAAGAGAACAAGAGAACAAGAGAACAAGAGAACAAGAGAACAAGAGAACAGAGAACAAGAGAACAAGAGAACAAGAGAACAAGAGAACAAGAGAACAAGAGAACAAGAGAACAAGAGAACAAGAGAACAAGAGAACAAGAGAACAAGAGAACAAGAGAACAAGAGAACAAGAGAACAAGAGAACAAGAGAACAAGAGAACAAGAGAACAAGAGAACAAGAGAACAAGAGAACAAGAGAACAAGAGAACAAGAGAACAAGAGAACAAGAGAACAAGAGAACAAGAGAACAAGAGAACAAGAGAACAAGAGAACAAGAGAACAAGAGAACAAGAGAACAAGAGAACAAGAGAACAAGAGAACAAGAGAACAAGAGAACAAGAGAACAAGAGAACAAGAGAACAAGAGAACAAGAGAACAAGAGAACAAGAGAACAAGAGAACAAGAGAACAAGAGAACAAGAGAACAAGAGAACAAGAGAACAAGAGAACAAGAGAACAAGAGAACAAGAGAACAAGAGAACAAGAGAACAAGAGAACAAGAGAACAAGAGAACAAGAGAACAAGAGAACAAGAGAACAAGAGAACAAGAGAACAAGAGAACAAGAGAACAAGAGAACAAGAGAACAAGAGAACAAGAGAACAAGAGAACAAGAGAACAAGAGAACAAGAGAACAAGAGAACAAGAGAACAAGAGAACAAGAGAACAAGAGAACAAGAGAACAAGAGAACAAGAGAACAAGAGAACAAGAGAACAAGAGAACAAGAGAACAAGAGAACAAGAGAACAAGAGAACAAGAGAACAAGAGAACAAGAGAACAAGAGAACAAGAGAACAAGAGAACAAGAUAACAAGAUAACAAGAGAACAAGAGAACAAGAGAACAAGAGAACAAGAGAACAAGAGAACAAGAGAACAAGAGAACAAGAUAACAAGAGAACAAGAGAACAAGAGAACAAGAGAACAAGAGAACAAGAGAACAAGAGAACAAGAGAACAAGAGAACAAGAGAACAAGAGAACAAGAGAACAAGAGAACAAGAGAACAAGAGAACAAGAGAACAAGAGAACAAGAGAACAAGAGAACAAGAGAACAAGAGAACAAGAGAACAAGAGAACAAGAGAACAAGAGAACAAGAGAACAAGAGAACAAGAGAACAAGAGAACAAGAGAACAAGAGAACAAGAGAACAAGAGAACAAGAGAACAAGAGAACAAGAGAACAAGAGAACAAGAGAACAAGAGAACAAGAGAACAAGAGAACAAGAGAACAAGAGAACAAGAGAACAAGAGAACAAGAGAACAAGAGAACAAGAGAACAAGAGAACAAGAGAACAAGAGAACAAGAGAACAAGAGAACAAGAGAACAAGAGAACAAGAGAACAAGAGAACAAGAGAACAAGAGAACAAGAGAACAAGAGAACAAGAGAACAAGAGAACAAGAGAACAAGAGAACAAGAGAACAAGAGAACAAGAGAACAAGAGAACAAGAGAACAAGAGAACGAGACAACGAGAGAACAAGAGAUAACGAGAUAA